AUGACCUCAGGCCAGAAUUGAACCUGGGUCCCCGGAUUUAUGGUAUGGCGCCUUAUCCACCUGAGCCACCUGAGCAUUUUUACUCAGCAACACACAUCUUACUGUGCUAACAGUAAAGUAUGGCUUCCAAACUGCAACCUCAAUGAUGAGAAAACCUUGAAGAAAUUGGGAAGAGGGACAUUUGAUGUCAGAGUGGAGGAGAACCACAAUAUUUGUGCUGUGACAUGGUACAACACCCGUCAGGUGACACUUGUGUCAUCCUUUACUGGCCCAGAACCAGUGGAAAAGGUUAAACGUUGGGACAAAACUGCCAAAACAUUUGUGGAAGUUCAGAGGCCUAACAUCGUGGCGACCUACAACAAAAACAUGGGGGGAGUGGAUUUGCUGGACUCAUUUGCGGCCAAGUACAAGUUUCCUCUCAAGUCCCAUCAUUGGUACAUCUACAUCUUCUGGCACACAAUUAUUCUAGCUGUGAUCAACGCUUGGCUCCUGUACAAACGGGACUGCAAGGCCUGGGCUAUUCCAAAGAAAGAGAUCCUGAUCAGGAGACAGUUUCAGGCCCAGUUGGCAUCCUCCCUUAUCCUGACUGGCACAUCUGUCCCAGUGCCAAAGCGAGGGCGGCCAUCCUCAAGCCCUAUGAGUUCUCCAGCUGCUAGGCCCUCUAAGAGGAGAAAUGCACACCCACCAAGUGAUGUCUGCAAAGACAUGACUGGUCAUUUCCCCCAUCAAAGCUGA